AUGUGCACAUUUGUCACCUCACUGCUCUUCGACCUUCUUAUGUGCAGGCCGAUCGAGAAAAAUUGGCAGGUCAAGCCAUAUGCAGGGAAUAACUGCACUGUGCGCCCGUUAAACUAUAUCGUCAUCGAAGUCUUAAGCAUCUUAACCGAUCUUUGUAUCAUGUGCGUCCCAAUUCCACUGAUUAUCGUUGCCAAAAUCCCGACGUCUCAGAAGUGGAUCCUCACGGGUCUGUUUUCCUCCGGCAUCUUCGUCAUGAUCGCUGCCGCUCUUCGCGCAUACUACUCCGUCAAAGACCUUUCGACUCUCGCUACAGCUUUGGGUUGGGCAUCACGGCAGGCCUUUGUCUCAGCCAUCAUUGUCUGCGCCCCGGGGAUCAAGCCUCUCCUCUCUCGCUUUUCCUGGUUUGCAUCCUACAGUUCUUCCCGCGGAUACGACAAAAAGGACCGAAGCCGAACGACCUUUUUCAACUCCAAGAGUGGGGGUCGAGAUGCUACAAUGGUCAGCACCUGUGAGCCUCGGCCGUACGAGCUCCCGUCUAUGGGCUGGUCAAAGAAACGGCAAAAUUCAUCAGGAGAGAGCCAGGAACAUAUUAUGGAUUCCCUGCCGGCACCACAACAGGGCUACGCGGGCGACUCUGAACGAAACAUGGGCAUUAUGAUUACGACAGAUGUGACUCUUGCGCAUGAAGAAGCCUCUCCUGAAGAUCUGCACAAUGUAUCCACCUCCCAUCCAUAUGGGCACUAA